UUAUUUUUAUGGGUAUAAUUACGAACCGACUCAAGAUAUAUUGAAACAUAACAACUAGCAAGUGCUACUAUAAUCUGCCAAAUACUGUCGUUUAGACUUUGUGCUACACACUUUGAACACACGAAUUGCUGGUCGUACUGAUCCGAUCUUACUUGUAACUUGUAUACUAGCUUGUACAACGCCCUUAUUCCUCUAGUCUCUGCACACACCCUGUUUUCUUUUUCAACCUUUAAACUGUGGCUAUUUAAGUCUCGAGUUUCGAUUUCUCAAAGUUCUUUUACUGCCCAUUUCCGCGCUGUUCGACUCUUACCCUGUUGAACAAUAUUCAAAAUCAUAUGGCUCAACUAACACUCCAUCCUCCUGCCUCGCAUGCAAAGACAACCAACACCUAUCAUUUGGUCAUUGCAGCUCUAUCGUCUGCACGCUACCGAGCAUUUUUUCUCAUAGUUAUUUGCUGCACCAUCUUGUUGCUCGUGUCCUUGAACAACAUCUCUGGCCCGACGCUUGCAACAGACUUUUAUGAUAGAAACAGCCAGACACCCAUAUCUGAUCCAUCUACUCAUGGAUAUCCUCCCAAUAGAUUUGGAUGGAAGUCAAAACUCCCACAGAGCAAGGCGGGUGGGAAUUCCAACUUGAAUGAUCCAUCUGUUCAGACCAAUCUCGACUCAUUGGAGAACGAUGCAGACAUGGCUGGACACUCACAAUCAGAUCCCAACAGUCGCUUUGAUAAAAUUGCCGUUGUUAUCAAGACUGGUCGAGAUGUUGCUCUUACUCGAACUCCUAUCCAGCUUUUGACAUUCGUAGAGCCCAUCAAAAAUGCUAUUAUUAUUGCCGAGGCUGGCGGUGUUAAUGUCGGAAGAUACGACGUAGUUGAUGUGUACACAGGACUCUACAAAAGUCUCAAUGAAUCAGACCCACUCGAGGCUCUACUACAAGCCCCUAAACAGGCUACUCCUGCUAAAAAUACUAAACCCGCCGCACAAUCAGAUUCAGUUGUUCCAGAUCAAAAUUCAUUAGGAUGGAAGGCAGAUGCUCACAAAAACCUUCCUGGUUUCCGAGCGCUUUACAACAAAUUCCCCAAUGCCGAGUGGUUUGUUAUGCUGGAUGAUGACACGUACAUGUUUUUUGAUAAUCUGCUAAACAUGGUCAGCGACUUGGAUCCAGAGAAGCCUUACUAUAUUGGUGCUCGGAAUAUGUUUAUUGGAUGUGAUGGUGUUAAAAAAUGGGGAGAUGGCCCUGCGUUUGGCCACGGUGGAUCUGGCAUUGUGCUGUCACGAGCUGCCAUCCGUACCAUGGUUUCUAAUCUGGAUGCAUGCAUAGUUCGUUACAAGACAUGUUGGGCAGGCGAUGUUCGUACUGCUCUUUGUCUCCGCGAUCAAAACAUUCUACUUAAAGACCCUAAAGGCUUCCAUAUUUCACCGCCCAACGAUGCAUUUUGGUUUCCCAAAGAAACAUGCUUACGACCCAUCACAUUCCAUCAUCUGUUGGUCAAUCAAAUUCAAAAGCUCUCUGAUAUGGAACGUCGAGUCAAACAAACAGGACAACCAGUAAGAAUGAGCGAUGUGUUUCAAGACUGGGGAUCUGAUAUUCCAGAAACAAUAUUAGAUACAGACAUGGCUGGCGAUGACUUUACCAACUUUGAUGCAGAUUCACCCUCUGAUUGCAUAUCGCGAUGCAAAGAAAUAUCCACCUGUGUCGCAUAUACGUUUGCUUCUCAAAAAUGCUGGCUUAAGAAGGGUAUUCCCAUCAGAAAACCUAGAGCCGGAUUUAUUUCAGGUGUCAUUUCUCACAACUAUCAAUGCAGGAUGCAGUAG